GCACUUGCUUCAUUUUUAAAAUUCAAGCACUUCAGUGUAGCAGAAGACGAAUUGGCAAAAGUCACCAUUUCGCUUAGUUUUGUAUUGCAUAUUUGUUGGAACAGUCUUACGUUGAUUUUCACCAAGUACAGUUGCAGUAUGCCUAGGACAAUUGAUGAGUUGCGUGCAGAUGUAGAUGAGCUGAAGAAAUUGGCAGAUUUGGCCACGCGCCAGUCAGUAAAAGAUGUUUUGGGUCUCGAAACACGCCGUCUGGAGACUGAAAUAAGUCUCCAACUUAAGGACAAUAUGUUCAAUCUUGAAACAAAACCAGUUGUCCAAGCUGCAAGUGCUGUGAGAUGCUAUGAAGUGAAACUUACAAACUAUGCUUGGGAUCAAUCAGACAAAUUCUUCAAGUUAUUUGUGACACUCCCAGGUGUUCAAACUCUACCAGCUGAGAAUGUACUCUGCACCUUUGGCACCAGGUCACUUGAUCUUUUAGUAAAGGAGCUCAAUGGUAAAAAUUAUUCUCUGGUCAUUAAAAAUCUUGCUGAGUUGAUUGAUGUGUCAAAAAGUCACUGGAAAGUCAAAUCAGAUUCGGUGGUGGUAUUUCUGGCAAAACUUAAACCAAUCACUUGGCCAGCUGUUACCAUGGAAGAGAAAAAAAUUAAAGAGUCAAAGGCACCGAAAUUUGAUGCAUCAUCAGCUGAUGAUCCACAGGCUAGCAUGAUGAAUAUGAUGAAACAACUCUAUCAGGAAGGUGAUGACGACAUGAAAAGGCAAAUAGCUAAAUCAUUUUCAGAACGCAGGGGAGGAGGAGACACACUCGACUUAGGACUUUAAAUACCUCUGUUAUACGUACUUUCCACUUUCUUUAACGAAAAAAUAAAGAAAAACUACGUUUCCGAAA